AUGGCAAUCCAAGCUGUUUCAGCUCCGGUUUUCGACAGCCUUUACUUGAUCGAUCAGGCCUGUCAUGCUGACCCUGAAGCACAGUCAAUCAUACAAGCUCUUACCCAAGGGAAUCCCACCAAGAAGGGCUUUACUCUACCCAAUGACCGCCUACUCUACAAAGGGAGGUUCUUCGUACCCAGCAUAUCCGAGUGGAAACCCAAAAUACUACAUGAGUUUCACUCCUCCCUCCUAGCAGGACACUCUGGAUACAUGAGGACUCUAAAUCGCCUCUCUCGCAGCUUUGCGUGGCCGGGAAUGCAUAGAGAUGUCAAGACAUUUGUGAAGGCUUGUGAUCAAUCCUUCUUCAAGCUCCAAGGCUCCACCCUCUGCCGUAGUUCGACCUAUCAUCCCCAAUCCGACAGUCAGACGGAGGUCAUUAACCGCACCCUUGAACACUACUUAAGAUGUUUUAUUGCUGACAAACCUUCCAAUUGGAGUGCACUUCUGCACUGGGCAAAGUGGUGGUAUAACACCACUUACCAUGCCACCAUCAAGAUGACUCCUUUUGAGGCCUUUUAUGGCCAGCCGCCACCAUCAAUCUUCAAGAACUUGCCGGGCACAACUCAGGUUCAUGCUGUUGACGUUGCACUCAAGUAG